GGUAAUAGGGGUGACCCCUUCUCCUUUUGGCUUGACAGGAAGCAUGGCACUCUGGCGGGCAUACCAGCGCGCCCUAGCUGCUCACCCGUGGAAAGUACAGGUCCUGACAGCCGGGUCCCUGAUGGGCCUGGGUGAUGUUAUCUCACAGCAGCUGGUGGAGAGGCGGGGUCUUCAGGACCACCAGGCCAGCCGGACCCUGACCAUGGUAUCUCUGGGCUGUGGCUUUGUGGCCCCUGUAGUAGGAGGUUGGUACAAGGUGUUGGAUCGGCUCAUCCCUGGCACCACCAAGGUAGAUGCACUAAAGAAGAUGCUAUUGGAUCAGGGAGGCUUUGCCCCAUGUUUUCUAGGCUGUUUUCUCCCACUGGUUGGGACACUCAAUGGACUGUCAGCCCAGGACAACUGGUCUAAACUCCAGAGGGAUUAUCCGGAUGCCCUCAUCACCAACUACUAUCUCUGGCCUGCUGUACAGUUAGCCAACUUCUACCUGGUCCCCCUUCAUUACAGGUUGGCUGUUGUCCAGUGUGUUGCUGUUAUUUGGAACUCCUACCUGUCCUGGAAGGCACAUCAGCUCUGAGCCUGCCUCGCUCCAUUGUUUCUGCCUUGCAGUGAUGCAGCUUGACCCUGGAAUGGGUUAGGCCACCUCCUUGACACUUUCAUGGUGUUGGGUUGCUAGUCAGAACUUAAUGAGGUUAGCACUUUUAAAUGUAAAUGUAAAGUGUAAACGGAUUCCUUUUUAAAUCACAGAAGCCUUUAUAAUAGUUUUAUAUCUACUACAUAC